UAUUCGCCAGCUUUCCUAUCACCGUAUUCGGCUCCCGGCUGUUUCGUCGCUGCUGCUGCUGGUACGGCUGAUGUUUCUGUCUGUAUCGCCGGCUGCUUCUGUCUAUCGGGCGGUCUGUCUGUCUGUCGGUCGGUCGGUCGGUGUUUGUGAAUUCAAGAUGGCGGCGCGCUCGAAGCGUCCACUGGGUUUCUGCUGCUGGUUGCUUCCAUAACACGGCUCGCUGGGUGGAAGGCUGUUAGCGUGAGUGUGGUGAUUGUGCUGCUGCUGCUGCUGAUACAGUGGUGGUGACUGGUGUUGGUGGGGCUCGCUGCUGCUGCCGCUGCUGCUGCUGCUACUAUGGUAUAGCUAGGCAGGAAGGCAGGCAGCCAUUUGGCGUUUGGUGUCCUGCGCCUUUUUUCAAGUUGAUGUGCGUCUCGACGUGACGGAUACGGUGUGUUGUUUGUUACUCGGAGAGACGGCAGUCGCUGGUCAAUCGUUCGAGACGAACGAAUUCGUGUGUGUGUGUGUGUGAGUGCGUGAACAAAACAUUUAGGAAUGAACGGGGUGCGCGAGGAGCAUCAUGUACUGGACGGAUGGCGCUUUUCGGCAAGCUCCGGCCCGAUUCUACAUUCGAAGUGCAGGACUUACGAAAGUUGCCAAAAGAUCCGUGCCAACAAACCCGUUGACGCGAUCCAUCUCUGCGAUCUGUGCAGAUACAUACAUACCUUGCAGUUACCGUCUCAUCCGGAUAUGACCUUUGCGUGGAAUCGGUUACGAAUAGAACAUUCAACUGGCUUCGGGAUUGAAUUUAAUCCGCUAGAUGCGCUCAGGCUUGUCUCAGAAAAGAACUACAUUCCAAAAGUCGCUGUGGCAGAAGCUUGGCGAGAAGCCAGACAGGCACCAGAUUUGCCAGAACCAAAAGUUCCCGACAGCCAUAAAUUCGACUGGACCUUUACCACUAACUAUAAGGGCACGUUAUUAUCGGACAAAGAGGGUCGAAAGUUGAAGGAAGUGCCUACAACGGAACGUAUUGACAUGUCGAAACUUACGUCCCGAGACCCCAUAUACUUCUACCAAGAUCUGUGCCUCUUCGAGGAUGAACUUUCAGAUCACGGUGUAGCGAAACUCAGCGUUAAAAUUCGCGUCAUGCGUAGUAACCUUUUCGUGUUAUUGAGAUUCUUUCUGCGGGUCGAUCAGGUUCUGAUUCGAAUGAACGACACACGUCUUUACUGGGAACAGGGAACUGAGUACAUACUUCGAGAGUACGCAGAAAGAGAGCACAAGGACGCAAAAAAUCUUAAUCUCCCCACGAGCAUUUUGACAGAUCCCGUGGCCCUGAGCGAGCAUCUACCGGUUGUAUACACGCACUACGAACGACUCGACUUCCCCAAGUGAUGUCAAAGCGUUAACAAGA